UAUAUCCUUCAACAAUAAUGGACUGGCAAACGUUCUUUCUUAGUGCUGUUAUAGUUUCUUUAUUAGCUUUCCAUAUUUACAAUAUCGAACAAAAAAUGUUAAAUUUAAGCGAGAAAAUUGAAAAGUCAGCUAACUUACGGAUAGAGAGACAGGACGAGAAACUAAAACAGAUACUCAAAGUUAAUCUAGGUGAGAUAAUUGAAACAUCAGUGGACUUACGGAUCAAGAGACAGACAGAGGAACUUAAGCAAAUACUCAAAGUUAAUCUAGGUGAGAUAAUUGAAACAUCAGUGGACUUACGGAUCGAGAGACAGACAGAGGAACUUAAGCAAAUACUCAAAGUUAAUCUAGGUGAGAUAAUUGAAACAUCAGUGGACUUACGGAUCAAGAGACAGACAGAGGAACUAAAGCAAAUACUCAAAGAUGCUGAAAGCAGUUAUGAAAGCAAAAUAAAAGAAGCAUUACAUGAAUUCAAAGAGAAUUUAACAAUUACACUGGAAAGUAUGAAAGCUGCAAAUAAAACGAAUAACGAAGACAAGGACAAAGUUAAUACUAGCCUUAAUAAUCGAGUUUUAAAAGAAGUAGCACAUAAAAAGAUUUCAACACAAAGUACGCAACAUAGAGAUUUUAUUUCCGGAAAAGCUAAUGAUGGAAAUUUAGACACUUUUUCACACACAGCCAUGAAUGCCCAAACGUCGUUUUGGGAGGUUGAUCUUGGUCGUGAAUUCAAGAUCAAACAAGUUGAAAUAUUUGUAAGAAAAGACUGCUGCGGUGAUCUUAUUCGUCAGUUAGAUAUAUUGGUAGGACCAUCACAUAACAAGUUGGAAAAGUGCGCUUUCUACGAAGGACCCGCCCAGACUGGCUUCCAUCUGGUUUUUGAAUGUCCCCAUAUAAUAAGUGGUCGGUAUGUCAUGAUAGCGAAAGGAGUCUCAACCAAUUUGGCACUGGCAGAAGUGAAAGUGAUGGCAUUUGAGGAGAAUUCAUACAGCUAAUACUGUAGUUGCAUUAAUGCUUAUAUUGAAAUGCGGGAUAAAUACAUUUUUCAAAGAUUUUUUUUUAUUUACACGAGUAUGAAAAUGAACAGGGCUGACAUUUUCGAAACUAAUUUUUGCAUGUUCAAUGUGUCGAGAUUACUUGAAUAAAGUAAGAAAACGUUA